UCCAGAGCCCCCCCCCCUCCCUCUUUCACUCUCUCUCACCCUGUCUAACUCUCUCCAUCUCUCUUCUACACUCUCCUUUACACACACAGUAUUGUCAACAAAGCUGGAGAACAAGGGACGUGGGGGGGAACAGGGGAAUAAAGGUCUAAGAGGAGAGUAACACACAGGACCCUGCGUCAUCACACCUGGACACUCGGAAGAGGGACUGGAAGACCGAAGACAGAAAAGAGGACCCAGAGGUGACAGUAAACAGGGGCGGACACAACACGGGACUCCUUUAUUUCUGUUCAUGGUGGUUUGGACACUCGUAGUAUGUAUGAGAAGUUAACCAUGCUGAACCUGCAGAGUGGCUCAAACUGGAGUGGGCCUAACAACUGGUACCAUGAUCCCACCAGUGUACAGACACAACACAGCACAGUGUCUGAGGGCUGUCUGCUGGACACGGAGGGCAGCAUGGGAGGAGAAGCAGGAGGAGGAGCGGGUAGAGGGGGAGGAGUCCCCGUGGAGAGGGACGAGGGUGAGGAGUCUCAGCUGAGACUGCAGCUCAAGAGGAAGCUGCAGAGGAACAGGACCAGUUUCACACAGGAGCAGAUCGAGGCUCUGGAGAAAGAGUUUGAAAGGACACAUUACCCAGAUGUCUUUGCGAGGGAGAGAUUGGCGAACAAAAUUGAUUUACCAGAGGCCAGGAUACAGGUGUGGUUCUCCAACCGAAGAGCCAAAUGGAGGAGGGAGGAGAAGCUGCGCAAUCAAAGGAGGUCAGGGGGUGUUACUUCCUGUUCACAGAGCCAAGCCCCUCUGACCACUUCAUUCAACACAUCUGUCUAUCAUCAACAGCACGGCAGCAGUUCAGGGUCCAUGUUGAGUCAGGCUGAGUCGUUCCCUGCCACGCUACAGCUCCCUGUCCAGUGUUCUCAUCUGGAGUCCAGUCUAUUCCUCCUCAGUCGGCCUCCUCUUACUCCUGCAUGUUGCCUCCAUCCCCCUCUGCCCCACGCAGCUUUGACUCAUCAGCGUACUCCUCCCCUCAUCUGCAGACCCCACCCUCAGCCAACUCCAACACUGGUCUCAUAUCACCUGGGGUUCAGUGCGGUCCAGGUUCCAGGAGCUGAGCAGCAGAGCAAUGAGUCAGACCUGGGUCAGUACUGGGCCAGAUUACAGUGAACGACAGACAUCACUGCUGAACAGCAAGACAAAACCGAGAAGGAAAAAAAGGCAUGUUUUUUUAAAAAAAAAAUAAAGUGUCAAGAAACAAUAUGGGGGACACACGGGGUUUAAGGAAGCACGGGGACUGAGCUACUGUAUAGGUGGGCCUGGAUGAGUUGCAGACCCCGAUAUGCAUUAAUGUUUACAAAUUCAGCCAAGAGCAGCUUUGGUUGCACUGACGGUACUCUGGUCAACUGGUAUUUGCUUAGAUUGCCAUAUUAUUUUGGGAUAGUGUGCUAAUUGUAGGGGUGAGGUCAGUAUCAGAAUAGGAGCAGGCUGAGGUGUGUUUAGGAUUACAAUAGAGUCAGGAUUAGAGGAGGCUAAAAACCAGGUUUAGGUUAUUGUUUGUGUGGAAAUCCCACACUUAUCGAAGGUUGAGGGUCUACUUUUGUAUUAUUUUAUUGUAACAUAUGUUUUGGCUUGUACUUGAUCCAAAAAAGAAGCAUUAGGCUACUAGUGUUAAUUAAGUAAACUUAAAUCUAUCACUGUUUACAUAAAACCAGCAAUUAGGUCAUGUUGCCUGGCAGAUCAUGAUUUAACUCUAGUCUUUUACAUGUCAUAAUGUGAUCCAGUGGUACUAAGUAAAUGCAGCAGUGUUUGUACUGUGAAGUGUAACCACAGUUUCUUGUUACUUGAGCAGCUCUAUGAUAUUGUGAUAAUAGCUUGUUCCCUAAGCAUAAAGCUGUGUGAGGCUAUAAACUACUGUGAAGAUUUUAGAUUUGCUCAAGGCAAUCACUUUUACUAAAAUGGAAGAUGUACCGUAAAAAGUGUAAAAUCCUGCCUAUCCUGCCAGCAACGCUACACUGAGACUGAACUGCGUAUUUUUGUACAGACAUCUGUGUAUGAUGAAGAUAACUGGAAUAUUGCAAGAGGUUGUGAGAAGGAAGAAUGUAGCUUGUUGUGGGCUCGAAUCAUCAUGAAAGCACAAAUUUAUUAGUAAAUAAUUAGGGAGGCACUGUACUGAUAUUAGUAUCAUAUCAUCUGAUAAACUAAACAAAACAUGAAAAUACACAUUUCCAAGUAUUAAAGAUUCUUGCCAAAGGCUACAAUAAAGCAACUUUAUUUUUUUCUUGUUAUAGAUACAAUGUCAUUGUUUUUUAUUAAAUCUAUUAAUAAUAGAAGCAUAUCCGUGACAGAAUUAAGCAGUAAAAGUCUUGGAUUGGCAGGUUCUUUUUCUUUAAUACCACUAAAAAACAUAUCCAUCAGCUAGUGACAAUCAAGCAUCGUUGCACAUCAACCAAAAAAAAAACUGCCUUCAAACCAUCAAAUGCAGACACUGACAAUCAAAGCUGGAGGAAGAGGAGAUCCAAGUGGAAAACUGUGACACUGUGCAUACAAUAGCAAUCGCAUUUUUAACUGUGCAUGACCAAAAUAAGCCACUAGACAAUCAGCUACUCGCAGAAACGAAUAAAGUAUUGUACAGAACUGUUGCUGUACUUUGCAGGGUUUGAACCUCUGCUCACGUUCCUCUUGACUAUUGGUUCUGUUGAUGCAUCUCAGUUCAAUCUCAUAUGAACUGUCUAAUUAUCAACUUAUUUAUUUGUCUUUUCACUUGUUCACAUUAAGUCCUCCGUGUUGGUUCUGUUGUUGCCGUGUGUGUUGUGUUAGUACUGUAUAGCUACCAAGAGUCAACCCUUUUGUGAAGGCCUUGGAUCCCUUUAAUGAAAAUAAAACUGUGUGUCAUGAA